CGGCCCAGGACGAGCUUAAGCUAUAGCAUUUAUUUAAGCAAAUGUUUUGAGUGAAAAAUCAUAUUCUUGGUUUUGCAAUAUAGCUUUAUUAAAAAAAGCAAUUGUCAUGUCAUGGGAGAGCAUUGCCUCAAAGGAUCUUCUUUGGUAAUUGGACGCCUCGAAACUCCUAGAUACAUAUCCUUUUUAGAGUUUCCUUUCUCCAGCAUCCCACCUAGCCAGAAUCAUUCAGCCACGCAUUUACUUACAUCACCAGAUGGAUCGCGUUAUCUCUUGGAUAAUUCGAAUGAACUAAGUCAAUUGGAUGAAACCUUUUCUCGUGUGGCUGGCUAUGGCUCGAGUCCCGAUGCGGGAUCUCGUUCGUGUUGGACAUCCGGUCAAGGACUGUUACACACCAGUUCGGUAAUCGGCUGUUUCCUUUCAUGCCAACAGAGUUUGAGGCAAUAUAUAGCGAAGAGAAAGAUCGAGCGUGGCCGUCGGCUUUACGAGCAAAACAACCAAACCGAGGCAGUCCGGACGUGGCGCAGUGCUUUGAAGGGAACCUGUCAACGAGAAGAUUGCUUUCAGCUUUUGGGGUACUUAUAUCAGGCCCACAUGGACUGGGGUAAAUUCCGAGAAGCUAUUGAAUUUAGUCAUCAACAACUUGGUAUUUCCGAAGAGCUAGACUCACCAAAUAUGAGAGCUGAAACGUAUUUAAACUUGAGCAGAGCUCAUGCCAGCCUGGGUGGACUGGAACGAUCCCUGAGUUAUGCCCGUCACUCGCUCUAUAAUGAAUGCGGGACGAAGUGCCGCAGUGGCUUAGUCCAUUUGACGGUGGCUCGCGUAUAUCUGGAAAUGGGUGGAUUCUCCAGAGCACUGGAGGGAUUGCAAGGUGCCUAUAAGAUAGCCAUGGCAAUUGGUGAUCCCUCGCUUGAGCUGCAGGUGUAUGUAGCCUUAUCGGAGUUAUUUGGCCGUCUGCAGGAUAACGACAAGAGCGCCACGUAUGCAUCCAAGGCCUACGACCUAUCGCGAUCUUUACAACUUGGGGAUCUUAACUCUUGCCAUCAUAGGGCAGCGUUACUGCGCAUGGCGGUCUCUUUGCGAAAGCAGGGUGAGCUGGGAGAUGCACAGGAUUAUUGUAAGGAGGCCACUAAGCUGUCGCUUAUAUCCGGCGAUCAGGCUACGUUUACGCGCAGUAUUCGGAUUAUGGGUGACAUUUAUCGUAAGAAAAUGGAUAUGGAUCGGGCCUUUCACCAAUAUGAGCAGGCGAUGGGCACUUCUGCCAGCUUGGGCGAUCGCAUGGCUCAAAUGGAGGCCAUGGACGGAGCGGCUCGUUGCUUGGAGACGUUGCGUCUACAAAAUAAAAUUUGCAACUGCAGACCGUUGGAGUUUAAUACGCGUCUUUUAGAGGUUGCUAGUUCUAUUGGUGCCAAGUUUCUAGUUCGCAAGAUCCGUUGUCGGUUGGCACUGAUAUAUCGCGCUCUGGGCGACGAGGAUCAGUACAACUCACACUUUCGCAUGGCAAAUCAAACAGAUGCGGCGUUAGGCUUGAAUUGCGGAGCCUGUGGAGAGCUUUUUGGACUGCAGCCGGAAAACCUGGAGGCUUUGCCCUGUGCACACAUUCUCCAUGCGAGAUGUGCCUAUGAGAUACUACGACGUCGGGACAAAAAUACGCAACGAUCUUGUCCGGCGUGCAAUAAACAAAUGAGUUCUCGCCAGCAACUUGACGGAAGCGGAAACGGAAGUGGAGUCAUACCAGCCGAAACGGACAGCACGGAUGGUGGCGGCAGCAGCGUCAUCAAUGCAAACGUUCUUUCCGUUGGUGGCUUAUUCGGUAUUAACUCGGAUAUUCUCCUACCCUCAACCGUUUUUUGUAACAUUAAUCGAUCAAUGCCAUCGGACACAGAAAAUGUCACCUUAAUAAUGUCACCAAAGACCAUGUACCAUAGUAACUUGUCAUUGGCGUCGCUUAGUAUGCGAGCGUCCAGUCUCACCAUCGAUAGCGAUAGGCAGAAUGCAACGUCGUCGGUAUGAGACUUUGAAACCUAAACGCCUGCAAGAAAUUUUAAAAUUAAAUGAAAUAUAUCAGAAGAUCGCUGUUACUAGUUAACCCCUAUUUCCAUUAGAUCUAUGUACCAUAUUAAAAAAAAAGGUAAUUGCAUUCUAAAUGCACACAGAAAGUUAACACACACCAAAGUUUCAGUUACUACCAAUCCAAGCUUAUGUCUUGGAGUAAAAAAUGCAAGCCUUUUAAUAUUACGGCUUAAGCUUAACACCCAAAAUAUUAAAAACAAAUAGAGUACCUUUUCAAGUCAGAAUGUCUGGUGCAUUGUUAAUGUUUUAAAUUUAAACUUAAAAAAUAUAUGGCGACAACAAUUAAACUUUUAAACAAUAAAUAAAUCGUUACUAUCUGUUAAAUACUAAUACAUUUGGUUUUCAGAGCUCUGAACCGAAGCAGCCAUCUAAUAAAAACAAUUAUUAUAGUUCAAACCAAAUAAAAUAGUUCAGAUUUUGAGCUAAAAAUUUUUUAAUACUUGAAAUACUUUCGUGUCUAACUUUCAGAUAAUGUAACGUAAUGGGCUAAUUAUAAUAUUUUUAUU